GGACUCUCUUGAAUUCGCAGUGUGUGAAGUCAUGUCCAUGACAGUUAUAGUACCUUGUGGACGUCAUUUCAGACCGGAGUUUUAGAUCAUUUAAAAAGCUUGGACAAAUGCUUUUUACAUUUUCCAAGUGAUGUUCCAAGUCUUCAGCUUUCUUUUUCCAUUUUUCCUGCAAACACCAAAAGGUCACCAGUUGUGCUGCUCAAAUACCUUCCUUCCUAUCUCAGCUUUGUGUCUUGUCUGGUCGUGGAACGGUCAGUUCUCUUGGCCGACUGUUGGUUUGUGUGCCUUCAAACAUCUCCCGAAUUUUUGCUGAUCUUAUAAAAUAUCUUGUAAAAUUUGGAUCUUUUCAUUUGGAGCACUGUUUGAGCCAGCUCCUCCUUCAAGACUGGGAAAGUGUAGGCUGGAUUCAUUCACUGAUCAUCAGUGAAAGGCAAGAAACAGAAAAAAAAAGCUUUCAGAAAGGCAGAGAAAGCAGCAAUGGAGGCAAGACGCCGAGGCAAGAGCAUGCAAGAGCGCGUUCUGGACAGCGUCUUUUUGGAUAACUCUGGAUCAAAAGAACACACAGGGGUCCUGAAAACGAGGCAGGGGCUGGACAGAAGUUCCUGGAACUCUUUAUGGAUGAGACUUAAUGACUUGAGCUGUUGGCAGACUGUUGGCAUGGUGGCUGGUUUAACAUUGGCAGGAGUGAUUGGACUGUUCCAUGCUUGGUUUGUUUACUCUAUCCAUGAAAACCUGCUCUGGUUUUCCCAACUGGAGGAAGUGGAGCGUGAAAUCUCCUUUCGGACAGAAUGUGGCCUCUACUACUCCUACUACAAACAGAUGCUCAGCGCCUCGUCUAUCCAGGAAGGUCUGUCUGAGCUCAUAAUUGACAACACGACAGAGUCUAUGAGGACUAUUAAUAUCCUACAACGUAUGAACAUCUAUCAGGAGGUGUUGCUGAGUAUACUCUACAGGAUUCUACCCAUUCAGUCCUACCUCGAGCCAGUGUACUUCUAUAUCUACACUGUGUUUGCUCUACAAGCAGUGUAUGUACUCGCUCUCUUCCUCACCAGUUGGAUGCUCAGUGAGUCAUGGCUGGCUGGGACUCUUGCUGGAGUCUGGUACAUCCUCAACAGAGUAGACACAACACGUGUGGAAUUCACCAUCUCUCUGAGAGAGAACUGGUCUCUGCCGUUUUUUGCGCUACAGGUGGCUGCCAUAACCUGCUACCUGCGUCCUCAUCUCCGGCUGCAGCACCAGAGGGUGGUGCUGUGGCUGGUGUUUGUCUGCACGCUUUGUUUCUGUCUCACAUGGCAGUUUAAUCAGUUCAUCCUGCUGGUUCAGGCCUUCCUCAUCUUCACUCUCGACUCGCUGGACUUUCUCACAGCCGAGCAGGCGACGUCUCUGUAUCUAGUACAAGUUUUGAGUCUGCUGUGUGUGUGGCUGCUGCAGUUCUGCAACUCCAUGGUGCUGGGCUCACUGGUGCUCAGCUUCAUCGUGGCUGUGCUCUUCAUCAAACAUUUCCAGACGGGACUGAAAACGGGAGGCUUUGUCAUGCGUGUAGGAAAGCUGGCUCUUCAUGCAGUCCUGGUGCUUGCAUUAACCCUCAUCAUCAAUUAUACAGCUAAGCGAGUCCUGCAGCUGAGAUCAGACGAGCACAUCUUCAAGUUCAUAAAGGCUAAGUUCGGCUUGGGGGCUACAAGAGAUUUUGAUGCCAGUCUGUAUCUGUGUGAGGAGGCGUUUGGCUUGUUGCCGUUGGACACAUUUGAUCGGUUAGCUGCUACUCUGCUGCUGUACCCUUACCUCUGUACACUCUUGGUACUCGCCAUUGUGCUGGCGCUUGCUGCUCUCACCAACCUAAGAGAGUUUGGAGCUGGACGAACAUCUGGAGUCCCAGAGGAGAUGGCAUUCAGCAUGCGUCCAGACGUUGCCUACAACCUCCUCCACACGGUCUUCUUUGGCCUGCUGGCUUUCUCCACCAUGAGGAUGAAGUAUCUGUGGACCGGUCAUAUGUGCGCCUUUACUGCCUUUGGCGUGUGCGGUAAGGAGAUGUGGACUUUGUGCCUGCGAGUGAUCCAUUGCAACACUGAAGGAAAGCUAAAGUUGAUCAGGUACUCCGUUCCGGUCGUGCUGCUGGCGUUCCUUUAUUACAAGUUCUGGCCCAAACUGACAGAAGAACUUUCAGAGCUGAGAGAAUUUUUUGACCCGGACACUGUGGAGCUGAUGACGUGGAUUAGCUCCAAGACCCCCAAGCGUGCUGUGUUUGCAGGCAGUAUGCAGCUUCUGGCUGGAAUAAAGCUGUGCACAGGCCGAGUGCUGACCAACCACCCCCACUAUGAAGACCAAGCACUGCGGGAAAGGACCAGGCAGGUGUAUCAGAUCUACGCACGUCAGUCUGCUGAAGAGGUGCACAGGCUCCUGCGUUCUAUAGGAGCAGACUACGUGGUGUUAGAGGACAGCAUCUGCUACGAGCGCCGUCACAGCCGUGGCUGCAGACUGAGGGACCUGCUCGACCUGGCCAAUGGACAUAUCAUGGACGGACCUGGAGAGAACGACCCUGACCUGGUUCCCGCCUCUCACCCACGGUUUUGCCAAGCAGUAAAGACCGGUGAUCCGCCCUAUUCCACCCUCUUCACCCGUGUCUUUCACAAUAAAACUUUUAAUGUCUACAAGUUAAAGAAAUCAAAGAAGAAAGGCAAAAAGGAUGGGGGUGUGUAGACGAAGGACAGUGCCUCCUCCAAAUCAGCCACCCGCCUCGUUGCUGCCUGUGAGGAAUGUUUAGUGAGUGAGUGAUCACAGUAGGAGUGUAUUGUGUGUGUGUGUGUGUGUGUGUGUGUGUGUGUGUGUGUGUGUGUGUAUGUGUGUGUACGGAUACCUGAUUAAUCCAGUGCAGGCAGAUGAUGUGUGGUGCGUAUGAGACUCUCUAAAGCAACAGGAGCUCAUGUUUAAAGAACAGCAAGCGAGACAGUGAGUGAACAUGAGAUGAAAAAACAUUUUUUUUCUUUCCCUCGCCAUCUGUUUUUCCUUCAUCCUCACUCUCUCGACGUGAUCUAAUGCAUUAAACAUGUUUACACAUAUGUUACUAAAACAUACUUAUUGAACAGAAGCAUGUUACACUAUGUCCUUCUGUUUUCUCUACAAUUUUCUUCUAUUCGUCAUGUUCUGAAUGAGAUGUGGGGGGGAUGUGGCAUGGGUUUCCACAAAAAAAAGAAAAGGGAAAAAAAAAAGAAACUCCAUGUGAUAGUCGGAGAAUCUGUCUGAACUAUCGAGAUAAUUGUUGUCAUUACACUGUAGCUGGAGUCAUAGCUCACUGUCGGAGCACGUUUCCAUGCACAUGUCCACAAGCGUACAUCUGCUGCUCUUCUAACAGUGACUAAUAAGAGGCAGACUUGAUCACGGGUUCAGCAGAAGUGCCAUAAAUUCUCACUGUAAUGCCUAACGGCUCUAGCACUGUGAAUAUCAUUGCUUUUUUGUUCCAUUUAAUUAGCUGGAGUAUAAUUUAGUGCUUGGCACAUCGCCAUGAGCGAUGGCAGAAGAACGAUGAAUUCGAUUUUUUUUGUUGUUGUUUUUUUUAAAUGUAAAGACUAUUGUGUAAGAUUUUAACUGGAUUAACAAAUGCUGGUAGAUUUAGUACGAAUAUACGACAUUCACUUGCAUAGAUGACACAUCUAAAGUGUGAAACAGCUACAAAAAAUCUUUAUAUACAGGGUGGUGUAAUAUAUUGCGUGUUAUUUGCAAGAAACGAAUCCAAACUAAUGGUGUUACUUGUUUGUUUUUGUUUUUUAUUAUUAUUGUUCCAUUAAGUUUACUAAGUCUUUUAUGAAUUUGCUAUUUGCAAACAUUUUCCCAAUCAGCCCAUUGCAGCACCCAAAAUCUAAGCACAAUUCAGCGCAAUUUAAUUUGAAUGUGUUCUUUGGCCUGUUUUCAGGCCUAGGGUGCUACUGAAAUAUAUUCAGUUAGGGAUUGCAUCAUCAUGCCCUAAAUUAAUUCUUUGAUGUUCUUCACAACAUCUGUAACAGAAAUCCUCAGUGGAAUACAUUCAUACAUAGACCCGCUUGGUCAUUUCAUAAAGAGAUCCUUAGUUCAUGCUGUGUGAAAUCAGCAGGUCGAAAUAAAGCUGUGUGUUAUGAUAGAGAUAAGGUACGAGAGCCCUGUGUUUUAUUACUGCACUCACGGCAUUGAUUACAAUGGAACAUUUCAAUUUAACGCUCUGAGGCCCUGAUUUAGUAAAGGUGUGCGUGUGUCAAAAUGUGCAAGCUGAUUUAAUAAGAGCCUCCGUGGAGGAUGGUGUUCUUCGAAUUAGCAAAAUAACAUGUUCAUUUUAUGUGUUUGCCCUAACAAAUAUGCAGUUUGUGGCAUUUUUUUUUACCUAGAAGUGCAAAAUACAGGGUGUCUUUACAAAUGGGUUUGUCUUACACUUGCAGUGUGAUUUUUCUAACCUAAAAGUCACAGUGGGGUUGACAGUUACAGAGACAAAUUAAUACAACCGAAUUUGUGAAAGGCAAAAUAUAUCCAUUUAAGAAACCUUGAUAUGGGGAGUGUUUAUCGAAAUUUUACUUUAGUAUCUCAGAAUUAUAACUUAACAGUACUAUGGUGAGUUUGAACUACAUAUCCGCCAUUUAUUCGUGAAAAGAUUUUUAUUCACAUUUACAGUUGAAGUCAUAAGUUUACAUAUGCCUUAUAUACUGUAAAUUGUUCAUUUGUUUGUUUUGUUUUUUUUAUUUAGUCCUGCCCUGAAUAAGCUAUUCCACAUAACAUAUGUGUGGAUAUAGGACAUAAGACACAAUAAUAACUGAAUUUACACAAAUGAACCAGUUCAAAAGGUUACAUACGCUUAAUUCUUAAUACUGUGUGUCGCUAACUGGAUGAUCAAUGAGAACAAUUUACACCGAUGAUCCUGUUAAAAAGUUUGCACCCCCCUGGUUCUUAAUGUAUCGUGUCGCCUUCUUGAGCAUCAGUGAAUGUUUGCACCUUUUGUAAUAGUUGUGUACGAGUCCGUUAGUUGUCAACAUCUCAACAUCAUAGAGCUGCUGUUGGAAAGAGGUCAAAUAUGCAGAAUAUGCUGGAAGAAGCAAAGCACGUGCAGGAGCUGGAGGGUUUUUCUGAAGAACAGUGGGCAGUUUAACUGCUCAGGACAAACAAGAGACUCACGAAAAACUAUCACAAAAACAGUCGUUGAUCAUCCAGGGAACGACACACAGUAUUAAGAAUUAAGCGUAUGUAAACUUUUGAACUGGUUCAUUUGUGUAAAUUCAGUCAUUAUUGUGUUUUGUGGAAUAUAUAUAUAUAUAUAUAUAUAUAUAUAUAUAUAUAUAUAACAUCUAUUAUGCAGAAUAGCUUUUGCAGGGCAGCACUACAUUUGUUUGUUUUAUUUUGCUUUCACGUUGUAUUUUGAACAGUUUUUCCUGUAUUUAAUGUGAUGUGUAAUUAUCCACAAGGGUGAACAAAUCACUAGGGAUAAUCAGAUUUUGUGUACAGGCUAUUAGUUUUUUACAUGUAGCACUGUGUGACUCUAUAACAUACAGUUGUGUAUUUGUGGUAAUAAAGAUGCUAUCCAGUCUCAAAUAAUAUCUUUACAGUAUGCGUGAUAUGAGAACAGAACAGCACAGCUCUCAGGCAUUAUGAGCCUUCAUGACGUUACUUUUUUAUAUAAAUACUAUGUGCUACUUGAUUGUAUAAUUAUGCAUUUCCAUUCAUCUGCUUCAUCUGAUCUAGCCAACUUGCUCACCAUUUCUUUAUUAUGUUGAUCACUUUUGUAGCCUAUUUGAUUAGGCUAAAAAAUUUCUGGCCAAUCAAAACAUAAGAAUGGGCAUUCCACUUUCCCAGUAGGUUAGCUAUUGGAGAUUUUAGCACUUAUUUGGUCUUAUUUGGUCUGGUAGUAAAUCAGGGUCUCAGUCAUAUAUCUGAGAUCAUUAUUUCACUUGUCAGGAUGGCAAAGGGACAUUAUAUUUGUUUUGGAUCCUCGGGCAUUGUUCAAUGAAGGUGCUAAAUUGCACUAGCUUGAUCCUAUAAUGUUUUGAGUGUACGAGUAGUUAUAAAGAUCCUCAUAUAAAAGCUUAAAUGUUUACCUUUUGUGUUUUCUAAUAAAAGGAUUUGUUCGUUGA